CCUCUCGCCCGCGGCGCUCCCAGGGGCGUGGCUGGGCGGAAGCGGAAGUCGGAGGCUGCCCGGCCGGAAGUGCCUUCAGUCCCUGCUCCUUCCGUUUCCUGUGCUGAGGCCGCGGUCCUUUCCCUUCCUCUUCCGCCACCUCCUUCUCCGCUCCCGGUUCCGCGUGCCAUGGCGCUCUUCGAGCAGAUGCGGGCGAACGUGGGGAAGCUGCUGAAGGGCAUCGACAGGUGCUGACCCGGAGGGGGGGGGUGAUUGACAGGGGGGGUGGGAGGGACCUGGUCGCGGUUACCAAGGCAACCACACACCCCUCCUUCCCAUCCUUCGGGGGCGACUUCAGAAACCAAGCGGCGCGGGUUGGGGGCUUCCCUUCUUUCCUUGAGGGGCACUCUGCACGUGCUCAGAGGCACGCCGCCUUUCCCGCCUGCGUUACGUCAUUUAUAGCCGUUGUUGUUGUUUAAUCGUUUAGUCAUGUCCGACUCUUCGUGACCCCCUGGACCAGAGCACGCCAGGCACUCCUGUCUUCCACUGCCUCCCGCAGUUUGGUCAAACUCAUGCUGGUAGCUUCAAGAACACUGUCCAACCAUCUCGUCCUCUGUCGUCCCCUUCUCCUUGGGCCCUCCAUCUUUCCCAACAUCAGGGUCUUUUCCAGGGAGUCUUCUCUUCUCAUGAGGUGGCCAAAGUACUGGAGCCUCAGCUUCACGAUCUGUCCUUCCAGUGAGCACUCAGGGCUGAUUUCCUUCAGAAUGGAUCGGUUUGAUCUUCUUGCAGUCCAUGGGACUCUCAAGAGUCUCCUCCAGCACCAGAAUUCAAAAGCACCAAUUCUUCGGCGAUCAGCCUUCUUUAUGGUUCAGUUCUCACUUCCAUACAUCACUACUGGGAAAACCAUAGCUUUAACUAUACGGACCUUUGUUGGCAAGGUGAUGUCUCUGCUUUUUAGGAUGCUGUCUAGGUUUCUCAUUGCUUUUCUCCCAAGAACCUAAUAGUUAUCUAAAGCCAUUUGCGCAUGUUGCCAUGCAACCAGUCCAUGCAGAAUGUAGGCACCCUAUAUAUAGAAAGGAGCAAACCCGUGAUAUUUUAGGGAACAGGCUAGCAGGCGGGGCCCAUGACUUACAUUAUAGGAACCUGUUGUUGUUGUUGUUGUUGUUUAGUCGUGUCCAACUCUUCGUGACCCCCUGGACCAGAGCACGCCAGGCACUCCUCUCUUCCCCUGCCUCCCGCAGUUUGGUCAGACUCAUGCUGGUAGCUCCGAGAACACUAUCCAACCAUCUCGUCCUCUGCCAUCCCCUUCUCCUUGUGCCCUCCAUCCUUCCCAACAUCAGGGUCUUUUCCAGGGAGUCUUCUCUUCUCAUGAGGUGGCCAAAGUCUUGGAGCCUCAGCUUCAGGAUCUGUCCUUCCAGUGAGCACUCAGGGCUGAUUUCCUUCAGAAUGGAGAGGUUUGAUCUUCUUGCAGUCCAUGGGACUCUCAAGAGUCUCCUCCAGCACCAGAAUUCAAAAGCAUCAAUUCUUCGGCGAUCAGCCUUCUUUAUGGUUCAGUUCUCACUUCCAUACAUCACUACUGGGAAAACCAUAGCUUGAACUAUACAGACUUUUACUAGCUGCUUUUGUCACCCAAACUGUCCCCAAGCGACUUUGCCUUGAUAUGUACACCUAGGCAAUGUGUUGAAACUAUAGUGGUACCUCGGGUUAAGAACUUACCGUAAUUCGUUCCGGAGGUCUGUUCUUAAGCUGAAACUGUUCUUAACCUGAAGCACCACUUUAGCUAAUGGAGCCUCCCGCUACCGUGUUCUCAUUCUGAACCAAAGUUCUUAACCCGAGGUACUAUUUCUGGGUUAGCGGAGUCUGUAACCUGAAGCGUCUGUAACCUGAAGCAUCUGUAACCCAAGGUACCACUGUGUUGGGUACUUCCAGGAAACUUUGCAUAGGACUAUGGUUAUGCCAUUCUGAAUAAACUUGAGUAUUCCGCUAUGUACGGCUGCUCUUCAGUGCCUAUGAACGUAUAUAAAAUAAUACACAACACAAUCUCUGGAUUUUUCAUGGGGGCCUGGCUGUGGGGGCUUUAACAAUCAGGUCCUGUACUUCAUCAUUUACCCUCCUUGGUGCCUUGCUGUAGUAUCCUGAAAAGGAUCACUUGCAGGUAACCCCAUGGUUGUCAUGGAGGCCUGGAAGUCCUCCCAACAGCGUGGCCUUGCCCAGGAUAUUAAACCGCUCAUUACAACCAGCUUGGGAGACUCCUAUACAGUGGUACCUCUGGUUAAGAACUUAAUUAGCUCUGAAGGCCCGUUCUUAACCUGAGGUACCACUUUAGCUAAUGGGGCCCCCCGCUGCGGCCGCCCCACCAGAGCACAAUUUCUAUUUUCAUCCUGAAGCAAAGUUCUUACUAUUUCUGGGUUAGCGGUGUCUGUAAUCUGAAGCGUCUGUAACCCGAGGUACCACCGUAUAGGAAAAUUGUUGGGAGGCUUGCUUUGUUUCCUCCACUUCCUGGAGCGAUGAUCCCCAGAGUUCCCCUGUGAAGGAGGCAUCGGCUAUCAAACCACUCUGGGGAUUGUACAGUGGUGCCUCGCAGGACGAAAUUAAUCCGUUCCGUGAGUGUCUUCGUCUAGCGGUUUUUUUGUCUUGCGAAGCAACCCUAUUAGCGGCUUAGCGGAUUAGCGCUAUUAGCGGAUUAGCGCUAUUAGCGGUUUAGCGGCUAUUAAAGGCUUAUCGGCUUAGCGGAUUAGCUGCUAAAAGGCUAUUAAAGGCUUAGCGGCUUAGAAAAGGGGGGGGGAGCGAAAAAAAAUCUCAAGACUCGCAAGACAUUUUUGUCUUGCAAAGCAAGCCCAUAGGGAAAUUCGUCCUGCGAAGCAACUCAAAAACGGAAAACCCUUUCGUCUGGCGGGUUUUCCGUCUUGCGAGGCAUUCGUCUUGCGGGGCACCACUGUAGUUCUGUGAAAUGGUGGGAGGAGGUCUCCCAACAACUCUCAGCACCCUGAACAAACCACAGCUCCCAGGAUUGUUUUUUGGGGGGGUAAGCCAGGAGUGCUAAAUGUAGCACCGAAGUGCUGCCUACAUAUGGUGUGGAUGCGGCCUUAGCCUGGCGGUCCUCACCCCCAACCUUUUCUGCGUUUCAGGUAUAACCCGGAGAAUCUGGCCACGCUAGAGCGCUACGUGGAGACGCAAGCCAAGGAGAAUGCCUACGACCUGGAGGCCAACCUGGCUGUGCUCAAACUGUGAGUGGCUCCUUGCUUGCUCUUUUUUUGCAGGGGGCGGGGCUGAGUCCACUCUUGAAAACAGUUCCAAGAAGUGAGGGCAAACUAGGUGUGCUUGGGGGCCAGUGCCCAGCUUGACCUAGGCACUGAUUUGGCGAAGAGCCUUGGGGCUAAAUCUGUAAAUGGGUUUGUGAACCAAGUGCCUCUCAAAGUUGGUGCAAGUUUCUGGAGGACAGUGAAACACUUGGACCUAUAGGGUUGCAUUCAGCUACUUUUAAUAAUAAUAAUAAUAAUAAUAAUAAUAAUUUUUAUUUAUACCCCAGCCAAGGCCGGGCUCAGGGCGGCUAACAAGCAAUAAUAAAAACAAGUUGAAUGAAUACAACUUAAAGACAAGAUUAAAAUACAACAUUAAAAUAUUGAAACAUUAAAAUGCAGCCUCAUCACAGGAGGAGAAAGGAAAAAGGAAAAAGAAAGAGGGGGAGGGAAUCAAACUGGCUCCAAGCCAAAGGCCAGGCAGAAUAACUCUGUCUUACAGGCCCUGCGGAAAGAAAUCAGAUCCUGCAGGGCUCUGGUCUCAUGAGGCAGAGUGUUCCACCAGGCCAGAGCCAGUGUUGAAAAGGCCCUGGCUCUGGUUGAAGCUAAUUAACUUCCUUAGGGCCCGGAACCACUAGGGUGUUGCUAUUUAUAUACCCUGUGGGGUAUACUGGGAGAGGCGGUCCCGUAGGUACGAGGGUCCUAGGCACACCAGUAGGUAGUUGACCUAAUUCAUUACUUUCUAGUACCGAUACAUACAUGCUGAUCUCCUUUCUGUCUGAGGUCCCAAUAUAUUCUUUCUUUUUAUCUCAUAUCCAGGUAUCAGUUUAACCCUGCCUUCUUCCAAACCACAGUCACUGCCCAGAUCCUCCUGAAAGCUCUGACCAACCUGCCCCACACAGAUUUCACACUCUGCAAGUGCAUGAUUGACCAAGCUCAUGUAUCCUUUAUCCGAGGGGAAGGGAGUUCUGCGCAGGAGCAAAGACUUGAGCUAUGAACCAAGAGGUCCCAGAUCCAACUUCCAUUCCAUUCCAACUCACAGGUGCCCUUAGGCAAGCCUUGCUCCUCCACUUACAACGUGGGGACAACACUAUUGUUCUUUUCUUAACAAAGUUGUUGAGUUCCUGGGAGAAUGUGUGGGAAGUGCAAUGGGCGCUCUAAAAUUGACAUGAAAAUGUGAAAUAUUACCAUCCUCAGGCAGUAAACCUUCAGUUUUUUGGACCUCAGUGCCACCCGUAGCCCCAAGCUGCAUUGCAACCGUUGCCAGAUAGGCUAAAGAUGUGUUUCUUUCCCACUGAAAUUGUCAGGACAUAAAAAAAAACUUUAUCACACCACGUAUAUGUCAGUUGCAAGAGCCAUUCUGGUCCAUUUCGUUUUUAAAAAUCCAAAAAUUAACAGCAACUAAGCAGUUCGAAAGCACAUCAAAGUGCAAGUAGAUAAAUAGGUACCACUCCGGUGGGAAGGUAAACGGCGUUUCUGUGCACUGCUCUGGUUCGCCAGAAGUGGCUUAGUCAUGCUGGCCAGAUGACCCGGAAGCUGGACGCCGGCUCCCUCGGCCAGUAAAGUGAGAUGAGCGCCGCAACCCCAGAGUCGGCCACGACUGGACCUAAUGGUCAGGGGUCCCUUUACCUUUACCUAAGAUGCCACAAAGCAGUGAGCAAGUUUUCAGGUUCCUUGAAGCUCUUCUUGGGAAUGAGCGUUAAGUGAGAAAAAAUGGAAAGAAGGACCAGGGAUUGGGGGUGGGGGGAGGAGAUGUUUCCCUGCUGUCUGCACUUCGUAAGGAGGGGGUAUCACAAAAACAAAAUAGGAGCCUGCUGGCACGAUGUAUAAUGCAUAACUUGCAGAAUGGAGGUGUUAUGAUUGUGCUGGCUGCAUAAAAAGAUACUAGGUUUCACCAAAGAAUACUGGAGAGAGAGUCUGCAACUGCUCUCCCUUUUAAAUCAGAUUAAUAGCAAACUGUUGGUCUAGAGUCCUGUCCAGCAUAGCCAAAUAGAGUUGGUGCUAGGCUAUGACACUGACACAAAGGCACUAGUAGAACAACUCUAUUCUAUACAGCGCCCUCCGUAGCCAAGAUGCCGGGUCUCAGGGCGGCUAACACCAAAUAUAAAACAACUGAUUGAAAUACAACUUAAAAACAAGAUUGAAACCACAGCAUUAAAACAUUAAACUGCAGCCUCUGUCAGUGGAAGCUCAGAUCAAACACUCCUGUGGCCCAGGACCUGCAAGAUGUCAUUGCCUUCGCCAAGGCUAACCGUCAAGUCUGGUCCUACAUGGACCAGAAAAAAGCCAGGGAAGUCCCCAAAUAGGAGUUCCAACACAGAAGGAGUGGGAGGGGUGAACUAAUCUGUGGAAUUACUGUCCAUGCGACGACCCUGCAGCAGUAUUUAAGAAAGGAUGCUGUUCUGCUUACGUUAACAGGUAACAGUUACUUUCCUGUAGCUGCAUAAAGACCUCUGUUCUGACUAUACAGUGGGCUGUUAAUAUUUCCUAGCCUGCCCCAUCCCUAAGACUUGGGGCAAGAAACCUCACGGCUUCCCCCCUGUGCCAUUUGCCGCCUUAAUGCCAUUUCUCCCAGCAAGAGGAGAGACCCAUCCGUCAGAUCUUAUACCUGGGUGAGCUGCUGGAGACCUGCCACUUCCAGGCUUUCUGGGUAAGCCAAGCUCAUCUCUUACUCAACAAUCCUUUGUGAUUUGCAAAAAAAAUAAAAAUAAAAUAUUAUUUUUUUGCUUUUGAAUGACAUACGAGCCCAAGAGAUGAUUGCCAGGUUGAAACUUGUCUUGUCUUCGCUUUUCUUUUGCUUGUUUCGAAAACAGUCAGAACAAUGACAUGCCAACAGGAGCAAAACACCUUGAGUGUGUGGUGAUCUUCAGGGUCAUCUUGAGGGCGAGGCUGGUGUUUGUGUUGGCUACCAGAGUUGGAUGAUUCUUUAUCAGAUGUUGAGGCUGUGUAGCAUGUACUGUAAGCUAUGAUUCUGUUGUUUGGAGUGAAUGGAUGGAAUGAGUUACCGUAUUUUUCGCUCUAUAGGACGCACCGGACCAUAGGAGGGGGAGAACAGGGGGAAAAAAAUUCUCCCCCUCUCUGCUCAGCGCCCCUUCAGCGAAGCGGCAGGAGAAACGGAGCCCCUUCCAUUUCUCCUCCCGCUGCGCUCCGGGGGCUUCAGGCUUCAGACGACUAUCCAGACGACAGGAUAGCUGCCUGAAGCCUUCGGAGCGCAGCGGGAGUUCCCGCUGCGCUCCAGGGGCUUCAGGCAGCUUCAGCGAAAGCAACGCGAAGCCUCCGGAGCACGGGGGGAGCUCUCCCUCUGCGCUUCGGAAGCUUUGCGUUGCUGUCGCUGAAGCCAAGGAGCCUGCAUUCACUCCAUAAGAUGCACACACAUUUCCCCUUAAUUUUUGAAGGGGAAAAAGUGCGUCUUAUAGAGCGAAAAAUACAGUAGAUACUCUCCAGGGCAAGAGCCUUCCCUAAUAUAGAUCUGGGCCCCUGUCCUGUAAGAGAUGGAAGAGGAGUAUUAGAUAGUUCAGUGGGGCUCAGGCAUCUGUGUACACUUGGCAGUGACCCUUUGAUUGUAAUACUGGUGAAUUUGAGUGGUUUGUUUAUGAGUGGCUGAUCAAGGUAAUGCUUGUGCCUAGGGAAUAGUGAUAAUGACUGUGUGAAAUGGACGGUGAGUGAGAUUGGAUGAAUAAGUGGAUGCAUGUUGGUGUUGUUUGAAAUAUUCUAUUAUCAAUUAUCCCGCCUCUUUGAUUUUAUUUCAUUUAUAUAAAAUUUAUGGAUAUAGAUACUGUUUGUGUAUUUGUUGCGCAAAUCAUUUGAAGUGGUUUUUCUUUAACAUCGUGUAUGUAAACAGCUGUGAGAUCUUUUUGAUAGGAGUUGAAAUUAAAAAGAAAAGAAAACAUAAGGAUAUCCAUUAGUAUUGCAAAGCAUACACAGAGCUUUUUUAAGUGUGCUGCAUUUGAUAAGUGUACUGAUGUAGCUGCCUUACAAUUUUUAUUUCUGAUGUUCUGCAAUUCCUUUUUUUCUUUGCAGCUCUUUAAAUGUACUUUUGUGAUGUUUGGGUGUAUUUUUAGCUUCGUUAAAAUUCAAAAGCAAGUUUAGCUUCUCCUUGCUAAUAUCAGGGUGGGAUGUCAGCUGCUUUGAUUCAAAGCGACAUUUUUGUGUGUUUCCUUCCUAGCAAGCCUUAGAUGAGAACAUGGAUCUCCUGGAUGGGAUCACUGGCUUUGAGGACUCUGUUAGGAAAUGUAAGUGUGCUUCUCUCUGUUCCUGCACUCUCCUUCCUUGCCCCUUCAGACACUAAAAUCCAGUCUACUACAGUGGUACCUCUGGUUGCGAACGGGAUCCGUUCCAAAGGCCCAUUCGCAACAUGAAAAGAGCGCAACCCACAGCAGCGCGUCUGCGCAUGCGUGGGUUGUGAUUCAGCGCUUCUGCACAUGUGGGUGAUGUCAUUUUGCGCUCAUGCACGAGCGGCGAAACCCGGAACUAACCCUUUCCGAUAUUUCCGGGUCGCCGUGGGACGUAACCUGAAAGAACAUAACACAAAGCUAAGGUAACAUGAGGUAUGACUGUAUAUUUCUUUUAGGACUGUGUUCAAUGCUACACCUCUGCCUCCAGCACACCCUCAAAAUUGGAGUUGGGGGGUCGCCCCAGAGCAGAUUCUGGGGGAAGGGAAGAGUGGAAAAGGAAGACCUGUUAUGCCAGCAGGAUUCUGCCAUUGCAGCACUGAAUAUAGCCUUUAACGAUACAUAACUCCUUUUGGUUAAACCGAAACGUUGUUGGUUGUGCGGAAAAUCUGCACUUCAAAUAAAUGAUGCCAGAUUGAUUAAAGGAAGAAGUGUGCUUGCUUUGCCUACCAUCUUGCUCAUUCUUCCCUUUCCCUGAGGAGCUGAGCACUCUUUUCUGAGCUCCAUGUGUGUUUAUGUGCUCUCCUCAGCCUCCUUAAGAGGAGUGGUCGUUACAAGGCUAUGGUUUUACCAAUGGUACAGUGGUACCUCGGGUUAAGAACUUAAUUCGUUCUGGAGGUCCGUUCUUAACCUGAAACUGUUCUUAACCUGAGCUAAUGGGGCCUGCCGCUGCACAGCGUGUUUCUCCCUUGCGUUCUGAGUUUGAGCGUCUUCAAAGCCCAUGACACCUUUGGUAAAGGCUGUUCUCCAACUGGAGCGCUCGCAGGCCAGUGUUUCCCAAUUGUUGGUGUUUACACUACAUUUUUUUUAGAUUUGACUUGAGAGAGUCUUUAAACCUCUUUUGUUGACCACCAGCAUUACGCUUUUCAUUUCUAAGUUCGGAAUAGAGUACAGUGGUACCUCGGGUUAAGAACUUAAUUCGUUCCGGAGUUCCGUUCUUAACCUGAAACUGUUCUUAACCUGAGGUACCACUUUAGCUAAUGGGGCCUCCCACUGCCACUGCACGAUUUCUGUCCUCAUCCUGAAGCAAAGUUACUAUUUCUGGGUUAGCGGAGUCUGUAACCUGAAGCGUAUGUAACCCGAGGUACCACUGUACUUUCUGUCCUUCCACAGCCCCUUCCCAGAGCAAGUUCCCCCCUAACUUAAAGGACAGGGAUGCAGCUUGAUAUUUAGUUCCUUGGUUAAAGGAAACCUUGGCUAGCCAUGGUUUCCCUUAACUGAGGAACGGCAACCUAUGUUCAUUCAGAACCCAUGUUGAACCACAAUUCUAAGCCUCUUGUUCUGUCUCUCUGCAGUUAUCUGUCAUGUGGUAGGGAUCACGUACCAGCACAUUGACCGCUGGCUUCUGGCCAAGAUGCUGGGCGACCUCACAGGUGAGUAACUAUUAGAGUGUGUAUCCUGCACACAUUCUCAGAAGCUCAGGAACAUAUAACAUCAGCCAUGCUCACACAUCACAGUGAGCCAUCAACCAGGGUUUGCCAUGCACAAGUGACUUGCGUGUGCUUUGCUCUUCCUCACUUAAUGAUAAUAAUAAUAAUAAUAAUAAUAUAUUUAUACCUCGCCUAUCUGGCUGGGUUUCCCCAGCCACUCUGGGCGGCUUCCAACUGAAUAUUAAAAACAAUACAGCAUCAGACAUUAAAAACGUCCCUAAACAGGGCUGCCUUCAGUUGUCUUUUAAAAGUAAAACAGUUGUUUAUUGCCUUGAUAUCUGAUGGGAGGGCAUUCCACAGGGCAGGUGCCACUACCAAGAAGGCCCUCUGCCUGGUUCCCUGUAACCUCACUACUCACAGCGAGGGAACCGCCAGAAGGCCCUCAGCGCUGGACCUCAGUGUCAGGGCAGAACCAUGGGGGUGGAGACGCUCCUUCAGGUAUACAGGACCGAGGCCGUUUAGGGUUUUAAAGGUCAGCACCAACACUUUGAAUUGUGCUCGGAAACGUACUGGGAGCCAAUGAAGAUCUUUCAGGACCGGUGUUAUAUGGUCCUGGCGGCCACUCCCAGUCACCAGUCUAGCUGCCGCAUUCUGGAUAAAUUGUAGUUUACGAGUCACCUUCAAAGGUAGCCCCACGUAGAGCGCAUUGCAGUAGUGUUGAAGAAAUGUAUUGCGAUCCCUGGUAUACUGUUGCAUACCAGGGAUAUAGGCUCUCCACUUCCCACUCCAAACAAACUACAGUGAUGAUUAGCUUGCCAGACAAACCAUGGUCCUUGUUUUGGGUGUAAUGGUGAGCGAGGGUGCAUGGUUUAUUCUAGCUGUACACUAGCAGGGAGGACCAAAGCAGACAGGAUUUGCUUUUGUGCAGCAAGACAUGAUUUUCAGGGAUGUGUGAAGAUGGCCAGGGUCUUGCUAUCCCCUUUUUUGAUGACUAGCAGAUGUUGUAGAUAUGUGGCCUUGAUUUCAGCCAUGAACUGGCUCUGUUUUGUUGAGUUUGGGAAUUGGCCUCUGUGUUAAGUGAUAGUUUCGUCGCAUCAGUAGCAGACCUCUGACCAUCCGUGUCCAUGAAGAGUUUCUUGUGGUCCAAGAUGAGCCAGGAAAAAUAAUUCAGUUCCUUUAGAAAUCUUCCUCCUAUACAUUUAAAGGUAAAGGGGCCCCUCACCAUUAGGUCCAGUCAUGGCCGACUGGGGUUGCGGCGCUCAUCUCGCUUUAUUGGCUGAGGGAGCCGGCGUACAGCUUCCGGGUCAUGCGGCCAGCAUGAAUAAGCUGCUUCUGGCGAACCAGAGCAGCGCACGGAUACACCGUUUACCUUCCCGCCGGAGCGGUACCUAUUUAUCUACUUGCACUUUGACGUGCUUUCGAACUGCUAGGUUGGCAGGAGCAGGGACUGAGCACCGGGAGCUCAGCCCGGCGCAAGGAUUCGAACCGCCGACCUUCUGAUCGGCAAGCCCUAGGCUCUGUGGUUUAACCCACAGCGCCACCUGCAUCCUCUCCUAUACAUUUACCUCUUUUUAAAGCCAGGAACUAGAGAAAUAUUUUUAUACGUGGCAGAGAGGGAACACUGGCUUUUGGGGUGGAUGUAAGUAAAGAAAUGGGUUGCUGGGAAGCCUGUGUACAGAUGAAAUUUAUGACAGUCAGAGACCAGCUUGAGAAACGCAAAUGGAACUACAAUCCCAAUAGCAAAACAAACAUUUAAAACAAUAUACAACAAUGGAUUUGAAGUUUAAAAGUGCGAUAGGCAUAUAAACACAUAAAAACUUUAAAAUAGACUACCUUAGAGAAAUGACCCAAAGUCGCCCGCGGAUCUGGGUUUGGGAAUUUUCUUAACAAGCUAGAUUGAAUCGGGGGGUGGUCUGCGCCUACAGAUCUGACCUUCUGUGUAUGUUCUUCAGUGGAGAGGUAGGAUUCUGUCCCUUUUGCAUCAACUGAGGCCAAGUGAAACCUUGGAAGCUGUUUUUGAUCUUGCUAUGUGAUAUCGCCUUAAGGUUGGGAGUGGGGUUUCCUGAUGGUUGCACCUGCAGUGGCAUUUUUAUCCCCCCCCCCCCCGGCUUUUUAAUUUAAUCUGUUUUCUCUCCUUCAUGGUUCUGGGCUCUUAUUUAGAAUUCUGCUGCUUUUAGCAUUUAGUGUUAACAGUCGUGUCUGCUCCCCCACUGGGAUUUGUUGGAGGUGCAGGAUGAAACUUAUUUUAUAGCAUGUCCAUCCUCUACCCAGCCCCUUGACGCAUCUCUUGUUUAUUGCAGACAACCAGCUGAAGUCUUGGAUGAGCAAAUACGGCUGGACAGAGACGGAGCCUGGGACCAUCUUCAUCUGCAACCAGGAGGAGAGCAUCAAGCCCAAGAACAUUGUGGAGAAGAUAGACUUUGACAGUGAGCAUCUUCUCAGCUUCUCUGACCAGUGGAGCUCUUGUCCUCCUCUUUCUUGAAGCAUCUCCUAAGCUAGACGUGGGCUGUGUUGCAAGCAGGGCUGGUGAGCUCUCUGCAAUUUGCUAGCAUGAAGCAAAGCUAAGUUCAGCGGCCUGUCGAUAAACUGAACAGCUUUGCCUACUCAUCUUACUAACGACUUAAGGCAUGAAAGAUCCUGCUCCCAAUCACUGCUGGCAUUGCCCCCCAUAUUCAGGCACAUAUUUAUAGCAGAGGUGGGGGACCUUUUCCAACUUGAGAGUCCGUCCCCUCGUGGCUCAUCUCCCAGGGACUACAUAUAAGUGGAAGGUGUGUCCAGUCACACAAUCUCCAUCCUCUUGUCUGGGUAAGCAAGAGGUAUUGUCCCAGUGCAAAGACACAACCCAGCCGUGUAAAAUCACCAGAGGAGGACACAGCACAGGGCCAGUGGGGGAUGUGGCUGGACAGUGUCUUAAAGGCCAGAGAAAGAGAGUUUACCCAUGCCUACGUGAUAGCUGGGGGGGGGGGGAAUAUACUGUAUUUUUCGCUCCAUAAGACACACCUGACCAUAAGAUGCACCUAGUUUUUAGAGGGGGGAUGCAAGGAAAAAAAUUAUUUAAAGGGAGCGCUGAGCAUCCCAGGCUCUGCUCAGCGCUCCCUUUCACGAGCCGGGUGGAGCGUGUGUCCGGCGCUUACAGGCUUUUCCCCGAGAAGGGAAAAGGGCAGCCUGUCACUAAUGGGUUGCCCUUCUCCCUCAUCGGGGAAAAGCCCCCAAGAGCCGCACACACGCUCUGCGCGGCUCUUUAAAGGGAGCGUGGCUCUUGGAGGCUUUUCUGGGAGGUGGGGGAAGGGACAGAACUGUGUGCUCUGUCCCUUCCUCCACCUCCCGGAGAAGCCAGCCGUUCUGGAUUCUGGGAUAGCUGCGCAGCCUCUUCAGGGCAGCGGGAUGAAGGCUCCCCGUUGCUCUGAAGAGGCUGCAGGCGGCUAAGCCAGAAGCUAGAACAGCGAGAGGGAGCGCUGUUCUCUUGCUGUUCUGGCUUCUGGGAUAGCUGCGCAGCUUGCAUUCACUCCAUAAGACACACACACACACACACACAUUUCCCCUUACUUUUUAGGAGGGAAAAGGUGUGUCUUAUAGAGCAAAAAAUACGCAACUUAUAGAGCGAAAAAUACGGUGUUUAUAUAUUAAAGGAAACAUGAAAUUCUCUUGAAUUUCUGUCUUUGUGCAGAAUUACAGUGUCUGUACAGCCUCUGCAAGUAUCCCAUUUAAGUGUGUGAACCUUCUUCUUUACAAUAUCCCUGGGGGGGGGCGGGUUGGGGGGGCAUCCAUAUGCCUGUGGUUGACAAAUCAGUGUGAGUACUUUACCCCCUGCUGUAGAAGGGAGAACUCAAGUGUUGAUCAUUGCUUAGCAUUAAGAAAACCCCAAGUUUACUCCUCAGUGAAGCCAUUGCUGGUUGGACAGUCCUAGCCUUGAUGGGUCGCUGGUCCAACUUGCUCAAAGGCAGCUCCGCCUUUUAAGUCUCCCUAUUUCUGCUUCCCUUUCAGGUGUCUCCAGCAUCAUGGCUUCUUCACAGUGAGGGAGGCCUCUUCCGGCAGCUCUCCCGUUUCCUGUUGCGUAUUUAAUUUUAACACCCCGUUGUAAAAAAGACCGUGGCCAAUAAAUGAUUCUGUCCAACA